ACGCCCUCGCGCGCCGGGGGAGGAGUGGGAGUCGCUGGCCGGGAAGCGCUGAGGCUCCGCCAGCAGGUCCCGGCCGGCUCGGCGAUGGAGUUUCCGGACCUCGGGGCUCACUGUUCCGAGCCGAGCUGUCAGCGCUUGGAUUUUCUGCCGCUCAAGUGCGACGCCUGCUCCGGCAUCUUCUGCGCAGACCAUGUGGCCUACGCCCAGCAUCACUGUGGAUCUGCUUACCAAAAGGAUAUCCAGGUACCUGUAUGCCCACUCUGUAAUGCGCCUGUGCCUGUGGCCAGAGGGGAGCCCCCUGACCGCGCUGUGGGGGAGCACAUCGACCGAGACUGUCGCUCAGAUCCAGCACAGCAAAAACGUAAGAUCUUCACCAAUAAGUGCGAACGCUCUGGCUGCCGACAGCGAGAAAUGAUGAAACUGACCUGCGAGCGGUGUGGGCGAAAUUUCUGCAUCAAGCACCGUCACCCACUGGACCAUGAUUGCUCCGGGGACAGUCACCCCACCAGCCGGGCAGGACUUGCUGCCAUCUCCAGAGCACAAGGUCUGGCUUCUUCUACAAACACCGUCCCCAGCCCAAGUCGGACAUUGCCUUCAUCUACCUCUCCCAGCAGAGCGACAACCCAGUCUCCAUCCUGGACAGCCCCUCCAGUGAUUGCCCUGCAGAAUGGCUUGAGUGAGGAUGAGGCUCUGCAAAGAGCUCUGGAACUCUCCUUGGCAGAGACCAAACCCCAGGCCCCAAGUUCUCAGGAGGAAGAAGACUUAGCUUUAGCACAGGCCCUGUCGGCCAGCGAGGCAGAAUACCGACGGCAGCAGGCCCAGAGCCGCAGCUUGAAGCCGUCCAACUGCAGCCUGUGUUAGGGCCCUGGGCUUGGGGAGGGAGGCUCAGCUGAGGAGGACUCUGGCCCCCACACCUCUAGGGUACACAGGGCGAGGAGCCUGGGAGCAGCCAGGAGUGAAGAUGAGGAGGCCACCUCCGGGGAGCGUCCAGAGGAGCAGCGUGUGGAGCCAAGCCUGCAGAAGUCCCCGCUGGCCUCUCCAGCUGCCCAGAAGAGAGCAGCUAGAAAUGUCCGGUGGGUGGGCCCUUGGCGAAUGCUGGCCAGGCCCCAUACAGCCCCCUGCAUUUUGUCAUCCCCUUUACACUGAGGCUGCCCCCAUGUGUAGGGGGCCAGGAGGGGCCUGGAAGGAAUAAAGGAUCUUGGCAGUCA